AUGUCUGAGUUCACCAUCCGCACUCGUAAGUUCCAGAACAAUCCUCUCCUGGGCCGGAAGCAGUUCGUUUUGGAUGUCAUCCAUCCAGGCAUGGCCAACGUCUCCAAGAAGGAUUUGGCCGAGAAGAUCCGAAGCAUGUACAAAGUCCAUGAUGUGCAGUGCAUUCAGCUCUUCUGCUUCAAGACGGCCUUCGGUGGCGGUCGCAGCUCGGGCUUCGGUCUGAUCUACGAGAAUCUGGAGAAGAUGAAGAAAUUCGAGCCAAAGUACCGCCUGAAGCGUGCCGGUCUGGGCGGCGAGAAGAGCGGUCCAGGACGCCGUGCCAAGAAGGACACCAAGAACAGGAUGAAGAAGGCUCGUGGAAAGGAGAAGGCCAAGGCAGGUUCCAAGAAGUGA